AUGCGCCUACGAUACGACGUUACUCGACUAUCGCUCUUUCGUGCGCUGUCCAAUCUGCGUACCCGUGUGCCAUUGGCUCGUCUUCUCUCGCCGAUCCCUCGUCUUCUCUCGCCGAUCCCUCGUCUUGACGCCGUGGCGCAGACUGACCAGGUGUCUCACAUGUUCGCGAAGCCUUUUGCCUCGUACAGCUGCCUCGGAGAACUCCGCAUCGGAACUUCAAACGCUGUGAUGGUAUUGGCCGCUCACUUGCAUAACUCCUUCGGCUGCGCCCUGGUAUUCUCCAAGGGCGGUCCUUUGAUUCUGGACGUCUUUUAG